CGCGCCGUGUCUGCUGUGGGACCUGCUGUGCGGCCUCGUCCCGCCCCGCCGGGAUCGUCCGGAGCAGCGAGGACGCGUCUGUUAGGGAAAGGACUCGUUUUUAAAGGCCUGCCGGUUCGGAUUGGUUUGAGGUAUUCUUGCUGGGCGCAAGCAUGCCCGGCGUGCUUUUAUUCCGUAUGGUUCUUGUCUGGCCAACAAGUGUGCCCUUCAUGUGCUAUCGCGCCCCUUUCCAUGAUCAGCAUCCAUCCUACCUACCCUAACCUGAAAGAGUGACACUGUACAUAAGGAACAAAAAAUGUCUCAAAAGCAGAUGAAGGAAGCUUUUGUCAGUAACCUCAAUGGAACCAGUGUACUGGAAAUCACCCAGGGCUUGUGUUUGCCUGCACUGUGUAUCCUCAUCAGAGGGCUCCUGAUCAUUCUUUCACAGCACUUAUGUUUUUCACAUACCUGGAGAACUCGAUUCUUUGUUGACUUUGUUGUCCUGAUAGUUCCUAUGGUGGCUACUUUGACCAUUUUGUCUUCAUUUGUCCUUCUUGAGUACCUUGCCCUAAUUAUCUUUGGGGCAGGGCUGCUCUAUCAUAUAUAUUGCAGGAAGACUUGCUGUGCCAGAAUGCCUAUCCAGAAGAUCCUUGAGAAUUUCUCGAAAAUCAGUCUAGAAUCAGAAUACAUUCCAGCCAUUUCCUGUUUCCGUGUAAUUAACAGUGCAUUCACUGCUAUUGCCAUUUUGGCUGUGGACUUCCCAAUUUUUCCCAGAAGAUUUGCCAAAACUGAGCUCUAUGGAACAGGAGCAAUGGAUUUUGGAGUAGGUGGCUUUGUUUUUGGAACUGCAAUGGUUUGUCCAGAGAUUAGGAGAAAAUAUACGGAAGGGAUCACAUUUAAUUAUUUUAUAAAGUCAUUGUACUCUGUUUGGCCAUUAAUCUUCCUAGGAAUAGGGCGAUCAGUGAUUAUAAAAUCCAUAGACUAUCAGGAGCAUUUAACUGAGUAUGGAGUUCAUUGGAAUUUUUUCUUUACCCUAAUAGUUGUGAAAUUGGUAACAUCACUGCUUUUAAUUAUUUUUCCCCUAAAUAAAUCCUGGGUUGUGGCCAUUGGCAUUAGUGUAUUAUACCAGUUAGCCCUUGAUUUCACUCCACUGAAAAGAUUACUUUUAUAUGGCACUGAUGGCAGUGGCACAAGGGUUGGUUUGUUAAAUGCUAACCGAGAAGGAAUAAUUUCUACCGUGGGGUAUGUGGCAGUACAUAUGGCUGGCGUGCAAACAGGGUUAUAUGUGCUUAAAAAAAGAUCACAGGUCAAAGACUGGAUAGAAGUAGCAUCUCAUAUUCUACUGGCAGCUAUUAGUCUCUUCAUAUCUCUUUACAUAGUUCAGGUAAAUAUAGAAGUGGCAUCUCGAAGAAUGGCCAAUUUAGCCUUUUGUAUUUGGAUAGUUGCUUCUAGCCUGAUCCUUCUUAGUAGUUUAUUAUUGGGUGAUAUAAUUUUGAGUUUUGCCAAAUUUCUAAUAAAAGGAGCUGUAGUCCCAUGUUCUUGGGAUCUUAUCCAGUCACCUGUAAUAAAUAAGAAGCGUUCAGAAUCAUUAGUUUCUGAAGUUAAAAGAAAGGAACCCAGUUUUUGUUUAAUCACAGCUAUUAACAGAAACCAGCUUAUUUUUUUCUUACUAUCAAAUAUAGCCACUGGCCUGAUCAACCUCUUGGCAGAUACAUUACAGAGCAGUACCUGGUGGGCCUUAUUUGUGCUCAACCUCUAUAUGCUUACCAACUGUUUAAUUAUAUAUGUGUUACACUUGCAAGAUAAGACAAUAAAAUUUUGGUAACCACUAGGAAUAGGAUGGAUCUGUGAGCAAUACUAUUUUAUUGAGGAAGGAUAAAUAUUAAAUGUAAAUAAGAUGUGCUGCUGGAAGAACAGUGUUAACUAAAUUACAAAAUUGAGUUUUUAAUCUUUUAUAACAGUGGUGAUGCUUAAUAUAUGAAUGUAUUUAACAUUUAUAUAAAACAAUACAGAAGAAACAAACCCUUGCAACUUGUUAGAAUAUUUAUUAAAUUUCGGUAUUUUAAAGAAACUGGUUAUAGUUGUGACACUGAAAGGAUAGUUAACUUCCCAUCUUAAAUCACUUUAUACCGUUCUAUAUUUUUUAUCAUUUGUAUUACUAUUAUAAAGUUUACAUUAAAUAUCUGUGUUAGUUGUGGAAUUGUCAACAUUCUUUACUGCUCAAUUUUAAUCUCUAUACUUAAAAAAGUUUAAGAAACCAGAUGUUUAUAAAGUUGAAUACUUUAAAAAUCAGAAAAUAGUGAAACGUUCCAAAGGAUAGACUGAAUGUUGUGAUGUCUUUACAUGCCUAAAAGUCAUGAGACAAUAGGUUUGUUUUGGGGAUAAGUUUUUUGCUGGUGGUGGGGAGGGGGUUGU